UGUCUGUUCGCAACCCGUUUCCAUUUGUUUCGGGCGGCGAAGGCCCAAGGGGAGCGAGUCGGAGCAAUGGCCGGGCAGGACACGACGCCGAGCUCCAAGGCGGCGGCACCGCCGACGACCAUCCGGCUCGUCAACUUCAUCUCCGAGGACCAGCUCGAUGAGGUGAAGCGGACGCGAGGGGAGCGGGUGGAGGACGGGACCGCGCAGCGAGACAAACCUCUCUUCCAGGUCCUACAGGAGAACAAGGAGAAGAAGGACGCAGAGUUCAACGAGCGGUUCAAGCACAGACCUCCAAAAGCCUUGGAUGAGGACGAGACAGAGUUCCUCGAAAAAUUAACAUUGUCAAGGAGGGAAUAUGAACAGCAGGUGUCCAAUGAAGAAGAAGAACAACUCCGCAGUUUCCAUGAGGCUGUAGCUGCCCGGUCCAAUAUUGUUCUUGAACAAGAGACUCCUACUGUCUCUAGACCUGAGGAGAGCAGGCCUAAGCCAUCUACGAAGAGGAGCCAGCCUGCAAUCCUGAAAAACGUAAUAAUUUCUGUGAAGCCACAAGCCAAGAAACCGAAGGUUGACACGGAAGCUAAGCCUCCUCCGAAGGAGCCAUCUUCAAAUGGGUAUGACGCAGACCUAAAGCCACCAGAUGACACCAGGGGCUCGCUUGGCUCUCUUGUGGCAUACGACGACGACGAGAGUGGUGACGACAAAGAUUGACAACGGUGUUUCACAAGUCAGGUAUACGGAUAACCCAGGACUACUGGAAGAGAUACAAUGGAGCAGCAGACGUGAGGUUUGUUGCUUGAUGAGAGGCAAAAUAGGCUUCUUUUGCAGAUCCCUGCGCAUCAAAAGCGUCAUCCAGAAUAUUCUUGUAUGUAUUGUCCAAGGUUUUGAUGUGAUGUGGCCAUGGGUCCAAGACAAUCCUUACGAGUGAUAACCGCUAAUUUAGAAAUCGAUGUACCAAGUACCUGCACUUAUGAUUUAUCUGAUCUGCCGGUUUUGUCUGCAA